GUUGUCGCCUGCCCGAGCACCGAUUUCGGCCCGUUCGGGUUGCGCCCCACGCCGCUGCCUCCAGAGUUCUGGUUCGUUCCCCCUGCUACUCCGCCGGAUCUUUCCGCCUCCAUUUUAGCGCUUUGAGCUUUCGCCAGGACAGGGAGGUGGGGAAAACAAGCAGCGAUAACAAUAACAACAACCCCGUCCCUCACAAACCCAGCACUAACGCUCGACCCUUCUUUCUUCCUCUCUCGCGUAAAGAGUAAACGCAAGAACUCCCGUGGAGGAACGGUGCCAAAAAAUGAGCUAAGAGCAAAUCUACUACGGGGGGGUCGUUUUUUCCCCUCUCUCUCCCGUUACAGUAACCAGGGACGUCGCUUCCUGCCAUAUUGUGAUCUCACGCAAGCUUCCUGUGGCCGUUUCCGAAACAGCAAAGCAUGGGUAUAACGUUACAGACCGCGGUGUUGAUAAUAGUCUUAAACUCCCAGUCUAUGAACACUUCUUUAGUUUAUUUGUCAGUAUAACAUUCAUCUUUUACACUGUCAGUAAGCGCUAUUGCACAGGUGGUGUCUCCGUGUUUGUGCUUGGCUCAGCAACCUUUCCACACAGCGAGCGAAUUCGAUGUAACGCUCCGCGCAUUAUGCUAUUCCAGCAGCUGGCCAUUACUCUUCCGAUGCACAUAGGCUGUAGCUCUUUACCGAUGGGGUCCUGAUGUUUAUGGACAGGCUUUCUGAAUAGAGAGCUCCAUCCUAUACCUUCUCCUUUCCCUGAUCCAGACGAGCGCAGCAGGAGGUGCCAUGCGGGUGAGUUUCUGCCAGGGCCUUCUGACUGGAGCCAUCGCUCUGAACCUGCUCAUCCUCUACUAUGUGUCCCAAGCCCAGCAGCAGAUGAUGGAGAAACGCCGGGACCCAGGAAGGGGCUCCAGGAAGGCUGCCUUACCUGCUUCCGGGCUGGAGGGCGGCAUGGGGGGCCUGGUAGGGGUUGGCGCGGGGAUGGUUGGCGUUGGAGGUGUCGGGGGAGAGGGGAACAGCCACGGCCCUCGUGUGACUGUCCUCCUACGGGAGUUUGAGAAUUUUGAGAACUACGUCGGUGAUGUGGCACGCUCCUUCCUGCACCAGAGACCUGAGCUGCCCUUCCUGGCUGUGUCUGACACCCCGCCCUACCCCCCUCUGUCUCUCCCCGAGGGGGCCCGUCUCCUGGUGCUCUCCCCCAGCCCCGAGCAGCCUCCGCAGGCCCACCGGCCAGAGUUCCACGUUCAGACAGAGUUUGUGCUGCUGGUGCCUGACGGGGUGGAGCUGGAGCAGGGCCGGGCUGUGGAGAGGCUGAUCCGGGAGCUGGAGGGGGAGGGUGGGGGGCCCGUGAGGCUGGUGGCUUCCCCAGUGUUGGCACGCUCGACCGUUCAGUGCCUGCACCUGCGGGUCAGCCUUAGAGAGUGGACGGCCACCUAUUCCACAGCGGCGUCUGGGACCAGUGGUAGCGUGUGUACAGCCCUUCAGGGGGACGUGGUGGUCCUCAUCCGCUCUGAGGACCUCUUCAACCUGUCUGUCCCACUGGGGAGGCCCCUGCUGCCCUCGCUCUUCAUCCAGACCUCCCUGCAUGGCUGGAAGGUCAAGCUCCUGGAGAGCCCCUGCUUCUCCCCCAGCCACCGGCCUCUCUUCAGCUCAGCCCACAACCAGUGGAAGGCAGACAGCCAUCUGAAGGAGGCCACUAGCCGGCUGAUGAGGAACUUUGGGCUGAAGCGUCUCCUACUGGCUGAUGGGAAGGAGCAGUGGCACGGCUGUGGGAAGGAGACGGCGCGUUGCUUCAGUACGGUCCGGGACGACACCCCUGAGUACCUGUACCUGGAGCGCUGGACACCUCCCUGCUGCCUGCGCGCCCUCCGCGAGACCACCAAGUAUGUGAUCAACAUCCUGGAGAGCUCCGGGGUGCGCUACUGGCUGGAAGGAGGCUCCCUGCUGGGGGCGGCCCGCCACCAGGACAUCAUCCCCUGGGACUAUGAUGUGGACCUGGGCAUCUACCUGGAGGACGUGCCCAACUGUGACUACCUGAAGAACCUGGACUCUGGUUCUCUGGUGGAUGCUAACGGCUAUGUGUGGGAGCGGGCAGUGGAGGGGGACUUCUACCGGGUGCAAUACAGCGAGGCUAACCACCUCCACGUGGACCUGUGGCCCUUCUACCCGCGGAACGGCGUCAUGACCAAAGACACGUGGAUGGAGCACAAGCAGGAUAUGGAGUUCCCCGAGCACUUCCUGCAGCCGCUGGUGCCGAUGCCUUUCGCCGGCGUCACCGCCUACGGCCCGAACAACCACCGCGCCUUCCUGGAGCUCAAGUUUGGGGAGGGGGUCAUCGAGAACCCCCAGUACCCCAACCCUGCCAAGAAGAGGCUGGAUAGGAGCCGGCUGUGAGGGAGGUGUGUGGCUGGGACCUUUGGAGCUUUCAUGUGGCCCAACAAAAGGACAAAACGAUUCGAGCCACAACCCAAAACAUAUACAGUUGAAGUGGGAAGUUUACAUACACCUUAGCCAAAUACAUUUAAACUCAGUUUUUCACAAUUCCUGACAUUUAAUCUGAGUAAAAAAUCCCUUUCUUAGGUCAGUUAGGAUCACCACUUUAUUUUAAGAAUGUGACAUGUCAGAUUAAUAGUAGAGAGAAUUAUUUAUUACAGCUUUUAUUUCUUUCAUCAGAUUCCUAGUGGGUCAGAAGUUUACAUACACUCAAUUAGUAUUUGGUAGCAUUGCCUUGAAAUUGUUUAACUUGGGUCAAACAUUUCGGGUAGCCUUCCACAAGCUUCCCACAAUAAGUUGGGUGAAUUUUGGCCCAUUCCUCCUGACAGCUGGUGUAACUGAAUCAGGUUUGUGGGCCUCCUUGCUCGCACAAGCAUUUUCAAUUCUGCCCACAAAUGUUCUAUAGGUUUGAGGAUAGGGCUUUGUGAUGGCCACUCCAAUACCUUGACUUUGUUGUCCUUAAGCCAUUUUGCCACAACUUUGGAAGUAUGCUUGGGGUCAAUGUCCAUUUGGAAGACCAAGCUUUAACUUCCUGACUGAUGUCUUGAGAUGUUGUUUCCAUAUAUCCACAUAAUUUUCUCUUCUCAUGAUGCCAUCUAUUUUGUGAAGUGCACCAGUCCCUCCUGCAGCAAAGCACCCCCUCAACAUGAUGCUGCCACCCCCGUGCUUCACGGUUGGAUUGGUGUUCUUUGGUUUGCAAGCCUCCACAUUUUUCCUCCAAACAUAACGAUGGUCAUUAUGGCCAAACAGUUCUAUUUUUAGACCAGAGGACAUUUCUCCAAAAAGUACGAUCUUUGUCCCUGUGUGCAGUUGCAAACCGUAGUCUGGCUUUUUUAUGGAAGAACCGCAUUACGUCAUCGGUCUUCGGUCUUUUUAGUGUGUGUGUGUGUGAGUUUGUGAGUUUGAAGGUAGGCCUUGAAAUACAUCCACACUUCCAAUUGACUCAAAUUAUGUCAAUUAGCCUAUCAGAAGCUUCUAAAUCCACAACAUCAUUUUCUGGAAUUUUCCAAGCUGUUUAAAGGCACAGUCAACUUAGUGUAUGUAAACUUCUGACCCACUGGAAUUGUGCUACAGUGAAUUAUAAGUGAAAUAAUCUGUCUGUAAACAAUUGUUGGAAAAAUUACUUGUCAUGCACAAAGUAGAUGUCCUAACCGACUUGCCAAAACUAUAGUUUGUUAAAAAGAAAUUUGUGGAGUGGUUGAAAAACAAGUUUUAAUGACUCCAACCUAAGUGUAUGUAAACUUCUGACUUCAACUGUACCUACAUGACAGGUCAAUUGGAGACUCCUUGCAGAGGUCCAUUAUUCAGUAUAAGCUGUAAGUUAAGUAUAGAGACAAUGUAUUUACACAUUCAAAACGGUAUUCUGGUGCACAUCAUUUUCCGGUACAUACAUGACCAGGUAUUUAGUAAGAAAUGACAUUGUAAAAUGGUAAUUACACAGUAAUUAUAUCAAUUAUUUUCUAUCUUUUUGGGGGGGUACCAUUAAGUACAAGGUGGUUAUCAAUUGUUUUGAUUUUUCUUUUAAAGUAGUAUCAGGAAGUAUUAGCUAUUAUUACCAGAUAGUUUCCUAGUCAUUUUCAGGUGCUCAAAGUGCUUCCAGAUAUCCAAUGGCAUAUCCACCACAACAUCAGCUGCUGUUAAACAAUAUCUGACACAAUCAGUGUCGAUACCUAUGUUAUUAUUGAUGUCAUGAAUAUAAAUAUGUUGGUCAAUUCUGUCCUAAAGCUAAAGACAUAUUUCAUGGAGUACUUGUUAUAUGUUGCACUGAUGCACUUUCUUAUUUGAGAUUUGUGCACUUCGUGUUCAGUGGAUGAGAUGUAUGACUUUUGACCUUUUGAACUGUCGACUGAUGCCACCGGGUAGGCCUUGGCAUGUUCCGUCAGCUUGCCGAUUAUGGCCGUCCCAUUUCCCAGUGGUAAAAUGAGGAGCUUUCUCUUCAACUCUGACUUGGAUAUUCACCUGAGGCCUUGGAUAAAGCUCUAUCAGUCCAUGCGGGCGCAUUCAAAUCCCAGGUAUGAAUUGUGAAACUAUCCACUAGUUUAUCCAAUAUUCUAAAUUAAAUGUGUGUAAUCUGUUGAGUGUUGCUGUCACAUUUGUGUCCUGCCUUGACUGGAAUGUUAGAAGUCAUCUGAAUUGUGGGUGAAAGACUGAUGUCUAGUAGGUGCCACUUGUUGUGCUUGACCUGUCAUUUUACAAGUGAGGGAAUAGGCUCAAAACUCACCAGCACACUAACCAGAAUUUUGCUGUCAAUGUGUGUCACUUUUUCAUGGACUGAAAAAAAAAAGAAUUAUAACACCA